AUGGGCUUUGGUGAGGUCAAGAGUCAUCUUAGUAAGCCCCCACUUGGUAAUCCCCGAACUGCAACCAAAAUAAUUACAAGUACCCCUCGGAGCCCCUCCAUCAACAUCAACAUCAACAUCAACAACAGCGUCAAUUGCCUUCAAUUGUUACCCCGACCUUCCAAAAUAUGGCGGAAAAUACACGUCCCUUCAACCUGGAAACCUGUGCCCGCCAAAAUAUACUUGACUUACAGCCUUACCGCUGUGCACGAGAGUAAGAGCUUCAGUCCCCGAAGCAAUUGUCAGUUCGGUGACUCACAUCUAUACAGCGAUUAUAAAGACGAUGGAACAAAUAUCCUUCUCGAUGCUAAUGAGAACGCCUACGGACCGUGUCUCCCCUUGAACGGGUCACCGAUUCCGCAGACUUCAUCGUCCGAUUCUUCAUCCUCAAUCGACUUCCUCGGCUUGCACCGCUACCCAGACCCGCACCAGCACGACCUCAAACAGCGUUUAUGCAAGCUGCGCAACACUCAUUCCCAUACCUCUAAAAACCUCACGCCUGCCAACUUGUUUGUAGGUGUUGGGAGCGAUGAAGCGAUUGAUGCACUGCUGCGAUGCUUUUGCGUCCCCGGCCGAGACAGAAUCCUUGUUUGCCCACCUACAUAUGGCAUGUACUCUGUGUCUGCACAGGUCAAUGAUGUCGGCCUAGUUAAAGUCCCAUUACUGCCCGCUCCCGAAUUUGCACUUGAUGUCUCCACCAUCAUCUCUACGCUUUCGUCUCCACAGGCAGCAAAUAUCAAAGUCAUAUAUGUUUGCUCUCCUGGGAACCCAACUGCGUCGUUGCUCCGUAAGGAGGACCUACAGAAAAUUCUUGAACACCCCAGUUGGAAUGGCGUUGUCGUUUUGGAUGAAGCAUAUAUUGAUUUCGCACCGGAGGACUCAUCGCUUGCCGAGUGGGUGCUUGAGUGGCCGAACUUAGUGGUCAUGCAGACUUUGUCGAAAGCUUUUGGCCUGGCAGGCAUACGGCUCGGGAUGGCAUUUACAUCGGAGCCUAUUGCUUCAUUGCUGAAUAACCUAAAGGCGCCAUAUAACAUUAGUAGCCCCACAAGUGCCAUUGCUACUCAAGCGGUACAGGAUGCAGGGCUUGCUGCAAUGGAGUAUAAUAGGGAUAGGAUUUUCGCCCAAAGAGAUCGGAUCUUGAGAGAAUUGCCCAAAAUUAGGGGCGUUGGAAGAUUUAGGGGUGGCAAUGAAAGCAAUUUUCUGCUAGUGGAAAUGCUCGAUGUUGAUGGGAACCCGGAUAACGUGACAGCGUUGAACGUGUAUGAGAGGCUGGCAGAGAAUAGGGGAGUGGUUGUCCGAUUCCGGGGGAAAGAACACGGGUGCAUGGGAUGUUUGCGGAUAACGGUUGGCACCGAAGAAGAAGUCUCAAGAUUCUUGAACGAGCUUAAGAUUGUCAUUCGGCAAGUUCAUGCCGAGGCUUCUCCGGCUGACGGUGCAGUUGAAGAGCGGAAAGAGGAGGAGGCGAGUGCAGUUAUCGCAUAG